AUGAAAACUGUGGAGGAAAAGGUAGUAGCGUUGGGAUCGCAGGGGUUUGGAACAACAAGUAUGAUUAUCCGUUAUGUUGGGAAGGCGUUUAACUUCCAUGCACCUACGAUAGGUGCAUCAUUCUUUACAUGUAAAUUAAAUGUGGACAAUGCGAAAAUAAUGUUACAGGUGUGGGACACCGCGGGACAAGAAAGAUUCAGAUCAAUGGCACCGAUGUACUAUCGAAACGCUAACGCGGCUAUGCUAGUGUUUGAUUUAUCUCAAUAUAACACGUUUGCAGCAAUGAAAGGAUGGGUAGCCGAACUUCGUAGAAACGUUGAAGAAGCUACGGUGUUGGUUGUAAUAGGAAAUAAAUCGGAUUUGAUAAAAGAACGACAAGUCGAUGCCGAAGAGGGUAGUUACCACGAGACAUCGGUGCUUCAAAACGAAGGGAUGGAAAACGUAUUUUUAGAUAUCGGUAUGAGUCUUCUCAGAAAGACUCGUAUGUCUGUAUGCCUGUUUUUUGGAGCAUUCGUAACCUGCGGAUUUUCUGUUACAUUUAAUUUGGAGCGGUUCCUUGGAAUGUACUGA